CAGUGCCUCAGUGGGCCCGCUAACAUCGUCCGACUCAGCCCCUCCGCGUGCUCUUCGCGUUUGUGUUCACUUUUUGUGCUGCUCCUUUGGACUUUUUUCCAGUUUCCUUGGACUUACACUCAGUUUUCUCAGACUUUUUCCCAGUAAUCUCAGGCCGAUUUCCCGGUCUACCCCAAUAGAUCUCAUUGUCUCGAAGGCUAACUUUUGGACACCAUGGUACGAACAUCCAAGACAGACCUCAUUGUGCAGCAGCGCAACAGUUCAAAAUGGAAAAUUUUCAAGAGGAGACGAUAUCUGGUGUCGUUCCUUGCCUUCUUUGGGUUCAUCAACAUCUACGCCCUCAGAGUAAAUCUGAGUGUGGCAAUCGUAGCGAUGACGACGGAACACAUCAAGAUCGAGAAGCUCGCAAACGGCACCACCAUAUCAAAAACGGUUCAGGAGUUCAACUGGGACUCGAAGCUGAGAGGGCUGAUUCUGAGCUCCUUCUUCUACGGUUACCUAUGUACACAGAUGCUGGGUGGGUGUCUGAGCCGGCGCUUCGGGGGCGCGCGGAUCUACGGGGUUGGAGUGGCGGUUACCGCCCUCCUCACCCUCAUCACGCCGCCCUUGACCAGACUCAACGUCAAUUUCCUCAUCGCCCUCAGGAUUCUCGAAGGGGUCUUUGAGGGAGUCACGUUUCCGUGCAUUCAUGCCGUCUGGUCCGAGUGGGCGCCGCCGAUGGAGAGGACCCAACUCGCGUCCAUCGCCUUCUCCGGCUGCUUCGUCGGCAUGGUCGUCGCCUACCCCAUCUGCGGCUUCUUUGCCGAUGUCUUCGGCUGGGCAGCCGACUUCUACGUUACAGGUCUCCUUGCCUUAGUUUGGUCCGUGAUAUGGCUGUGGGUUGUGAGGGACCGCCCAGAAGAUGAUCCUCAUAUAUCAAGCAAGGAGUUGAGAUACAUAAAAGAUUCUCUCUGUGGUUUCUCGACGGAUAAGGAGAUACCAGUGCCGUGGAAAAGUAUAUCUACAUCCAUGCCAGUUUGGUCCAUUGCAGUCGCUCAGUUUUGUGCAGAUUGGGGUAAUUUUACGUUGCUGACACAACUUCCAUCCUUCAUGCGAGACACGUUGAGUUUCAACCUAGCUGAAACAGGGUUCAUAUCAGCGUUACCAUAUGUGGCAAUGGCUCUCAUGACACAAAUAUCUGGUUUCCUCAAUGAUUGGGUGCGGGCCACACACCUAUCUACAACGCAGACGAGGAAGUUGUUCAACUGCUCAGCUUUUACCUGUCAAGCAAUCUGCAUGUUUGCCAUAUCGUACACGAACACUCCCACAGGAAUUAUCUUCUGCCUGAUCAUGUCUUGCGGUCUUGGAGCCUUCGCGUGUUCUGCAUUCGGUGUCAAUGCCCUGGACAUCGCCCCGCAGUACGCUAGUUUAUUAAUGGGUUUCACCAACACAUUCAGCUGCCUACCAGGAAUGAUCAGUCCCAUUCUAGCAGGAUACUUAGUUCAGCACAAGGAGGCGGCUGAGUGGAAAUCAGUAUUCCUGAUCACCAGCGGUGUGUACGUUUUCGGGGCUGUUUUUUACGGAAUAUUUGCAGACGGGAAUAUUCAGUCAUGGGCCAGGGACGAUUCGAAGCCAGAAAAAAGUAUACCUCAACCGAAGGACACAGAGAAACAGCAACCUGAUCUGGGUGACGUCACUAAGUGCACCGUCAACCUGCCUUCGUCAUUCGAGAACUCUGCCUGUACCGUUCAGGAGUGAGAAACAAAACAUGGAUUGAAGGGCCAUGUGCAUGAAAUUGUUAGUGCUACUCAUUAUUUAGAGAAAGAAAGGUUUUGAGUCGACAAUAUUACAGGGAGUUUUAUGGCCUGUAAAAGACUGGAAACUGGCGAAUCAAGAUACAAAUUGAGUUUCGCCACUUUUUUAAUAGAUAAUCCCGGUUAUAAUGAUAUCGAAAAUAAUCCAAAAUCAAUAUUUUGAUUUAUUUUUCCAAAAAUAUCAUUCAACGUGUUCAUGCAUCGGGCUUUUCAACUACCCACCAGUGUUAAAAUGUAUCACUAGAUCUGCAAAACUGUGCUUUAUAUUCUGCUUGAAAAUUUGUUUGAACCAGCAGAGUGAAGUUCAGUUGAAUAUUGGGUCUAGGAUGAAAAACGCUCUCUAAAUGUUCGUAAGAACGAGGUUUGUUUACUUCGGAUUCAUACAUGCAACGGAGGAUAAUAUCAGGUGAGCUUCUCUGAGAAUAAUCAAAGCCCCGAAAAAGAAAAAAAAAACCAAGUUUACUCCUUGAGAAUUACGCUGUUUUGAAUCCAAUGCUUUACAAUUGGCAUCUUCACUGAUGAAUAAGAUUUUGUUAUCGAAUGUCAAUGAUGAUUCAAAAUUAUCACAACUUUCUCUUCUAUGAAAAGAAACUGUCAAAUCGAUUUUCGAUGCUUCUAAGAUAAACUUCCUAUCCUCUGGAUCCUUCUUAAAUAUGGCAGGCGCCUUGUUAGUUGCAACGAAGAGGAUAGUGAUUCGUGUAUUCGUAGGAAUUACAAGAUUGUAAGUAACUUUUGAGUACAGAGAUAUUUAGUAAUUCGUGUCAGAAUUGCCUUGAAAUAAGAACUUCUCUCCUUUUUUAUCUCCAUGUCAUCUUAAUAUGAUCGCCAUCUACGGAUGGUGUUCUGUUGGUAUUGUGAUGUACCUGUUUUUAAUUCAUUUUGUAAUUAUAGAAAAACAAGUGACUUGGUUUGCAACGUCGCGAAAUUAAUGGGACAGUGCAUUUUUUAGAAGUUAAAACUUAACAAAAUUUGAUAAAUAAUCAACUCUUGAUUCGAGUGUUCACCAACUUGCAAUGCGUAUAUUUAAUCCAAAAAUAUGUCGCGAAAAUGUCGGUUAUAAUGGUUGGCAUAGGAUAACCAACCAUGUUGAAUUAUUUAUCGUCCUUUGAAUUCCACACGAUUUUUUUUUUUCAUUUUUUUAUGAUAUGUAUUGAUUUUCUACGUCCGAUGUAAGUGAUCCAAUUGAAUUAAUUUUAAAAGAGAGAAACCAAGUCAUGAAAGAGAUAAAUAUACAUAUAUAUUAAGGUUCCUUGUUCUACAACAAUAAAGAUAAAAAGUGAUCUUUGAGUCCAUAUCAUGAAUUUUAAAAAUCAUUCGUUGGAUUUGAGAUCUUAACAAGGAACUUUAAUGUACUCGUUGAGCUUCAAAUCUCUGAUGAUGUACUUUCCUUAAAAAUGUGAUGCGGUUUUUCUUCGUUAAAUUUAAUCCAAUUUUCUCAUCUAAAAUUCCCAAUUUUUUACUCUUAAGAUGCUUACUCAAUAUGUAAAUACACAAUCAUUAUUUGUAAUUUUUAA